AUGUCCACUGAACGGACUUCUUGGACAAGCAUGUCCACUAUUCAGAAAAUAGCCCUGGGCCUUGGGAUUCCAGCCAGUGCAACAGUUGCCUAUAUCCUAUACCGCAGAUACAGGGAAAGCAGAGAAGAGCGGCUGACAUUUGUUGGGGAGGACGACAUCGAGAUAGAGAUGCGAGUUCCCCAAGAGGCUGUGAAGCUCAUCAUUGGUCGGCAAGGAGCCAAUAUUAAACAGCUGCGGAAACAGACAGGUGCACGGAUUGAUGUGGACACAGAGGAUGUAGGCGAUGAGCGAGUGCUGCUUAUCAGUGGUUUUCCUGUUCAGGUGUGCAAGGCCAAAGCAGCAAUCCACCAGAUCCUGACAGAGAAUACCCCAGUGUCUGAACAGCUCUCAGUCCCCCAGAGAUCUGUGGGCAGAAUCAUAGGGAGAGGCGGCGAGACAAUUCGUUCUAUCUGUAAGGCUUCUGGAGCCAAAAUUACCUGUGACAAAGAAUCAGAGGGCACAUUACUAUUAUCGAGACUUAUAAAAAUCUCAGGAACACAGAAGGAAGUGGCAGCAGCCAAGCAUUUGAUACUGGAAAAAGUUUCAGAAGAUGAAGAACUUCGGAAGAGAAUUGCCAAUUCUGCAGAAACCAGAGUCCCACGAAAGCAGCCAAUCAGUGUGAGAAGAGAGGAGGUGACAGAGCCAGGUGGAGCUGGAGAACCAACUUUAUGGAAAAACAGCAGUUCUAGCAUCGGGCAAGCUGCACCCCUGGCAGCUUCUCCCUGCAAAGGAAGUGGCGACAUGGCUAUUGUAGGCCCAAAAAAUGGUUCCAAGGAGAAACCUAACGGUGACAGCUUUCAGAAGUCUGGAGACCAGACCAGUCCUGAGAUGUCCAUGUUUGAAAUCCCCAGUCCCGAUUUCAGUUUUCAUGCUGAUGAGUACCUGGAAGUCUACGUCUCUGCUUCCGAACAUCCUAACCACUUCUGGAUCCAAAUUAUUGGCUCCCGCAGCCUGCAACUAGAUAAGCUUGUGAGUGAGAUGACCCAGCACUAUGAGAAUAGUCUGCCUGAAGACUUGACUGUGCAUGUAGGAGAUAUUGUAGCAGCACCUUUAUCUACAAAUGGUUCCUGGUAUCGAGCCAGGAUCCUUGGCACCUUGGAGAAUGGGAACUUGGACCUCUACUUUGUUGACUUUGGAGAUAAUGGAGAUUGCCCACUGAAGGACCUCAGGGCUCUCAGGAGUGACUUCCUAAGCCUUCCAUUUCAAGCAAUAGAAUGUAGUCUGGCCCGGAUUGCCCCCUCAGGUGAACAGUGGGAAGAGGAAGCUUUGGAUGAGUUUGACAGACUGACUCACUGUGCUGAUUGGAAACCCCUGGUGGCCAAAAUCUCUAGCUAUGUCCAGACUGGGAUCUCAACUUGGCCAAAGAUCUAUUUAUAUGACACAAGCAAUGGGAAGAAACUUGAUAUUGGGCUAGAAUUAGUUCGUAAAGGAUAUGCAGUUGAGCUUCCUGAAGAUGUGGAAGAAAACAGAGCUGUCCCUGACAUGUUAAAGGAUGGGGCCACAGAAACAGAUGCCUCUCUUGCCAGCAUGCUCACUGAAUCCAAAAAAAGCCCUGGAGAGAUGGCACAUACCCUGUCCUGCCUCAGCUUAUCAGAAGCUGCCUCUAUGUCUGGUGAUGAUAACCUUGAAGAUGACUACUUACUCUGA